CCCUAUGGCGGGGGGGGGGGGGGGGGGAUAAUAAGGCAGAGAAAGAGAUUGCAGCGUGUUGGCAGGGACUGCAGAGUUUAGCAGGGUGAUCAGGGAAUACCUCCCGGAGAUGACGUUUCCACAAACCCUUGGAGGUGAUGGAGGGAAGGGGCUUCUAGGCAGGGGCCUGUGUGAGGGCCCCAGGUGGGAGCAGGCAUGCCUGCGCGGCCCUGUGAGCAGGGAGCUGUGAGGGUUGGCUGUGAGGGUUGGCGAGGCCAGCAGGCAGAGAGUCAGGGACGGGAGGAGGCCACAGGCCGUGGGAAGGCUGUAGGUUCUGGGGAGGGAUCUGCCUUCGUCUGUCAGAUGGGAGCUGUGGAAGCCUUUAGCACAGAGCACUGAGGUGGUCUGUGUCCGCAAUUUCCAUUCAGCCUCUGUGUUGGGAACAGGCUGGGGGUGGGAAGAGUAAGGAUGGGAACCAGAACUGUCAGAUUCCAGCGAUGGGGAGUCAGCUAAUGGACUGGUCAGAGAGAGGGAGAGAGAGCGGAGUUGAGGGUGCCCAGGGACUCUUGGCCUGAGGAAAAACAAAGGUGUCUUCAGAGAUGAAGACGGGGUGAAAGAGAUACUUGCAGCAGGGCGGGACACAGUGGGGAGACAGCAGGAACAGAAAUUGAGCUGGAGCUAGGUGUGGGGCCUGUUAAGUGUGAGCUGUCUCUUAGGCGCCCAGCAGGGGUGUAGGUGUCCAAGGACAGGUGUCAAGUGGAGAGGAGUUCCGGAAUGGUCCUGUUUGUAGAUUGUGGAGUCCCAGGAGCGGUGGGAGCCCCAAGGGAAAGGGUGGCUGCAGAAGAGGAGGGCUGGCAGAGCCCUGGCCUCUCCUGUAUUCACAAGUAGGACCGCCACCCGAAACAGAGAAGGACUGGCAGGUGAGAGGAGCGGGGAGCCCAGAAACCAGGGCAGUGGUUCAAGGAGAGAGAACCAAGAUGUCUGCUGACCACUGAGCAGAGACCACUGGCAUGGAGGCCAUGAGUGUGGGGGAGGGUCUGGUUGGCAUGGUUUGAGAUGGGGAAGGGUGUCCUGAUGGCAUGUUGGGGUGGCUUUGCACGGAGACAGAAAGGAGGCCACAGCUGGAGGAGGAAGUGGGGUGAAGGGUCUUUGUUCUUUUUAAAGAUGGGAGACUUAGCCCGUGGGUACACUGAUGCGGACAGUCCAGGACAUGAGGAAAAUCAGAGUCUUUGGCCCAGAGGCAGGAGGCAGAUGGCAGGGGUGGGGGGCAGUUCAGGGUUUCUCAGCCUCAGCACCCCUGGCAUUUUGAAUUGAUGGCUCUUUGCUGUUUGGGGGGUGGGUGGUUCUGUCCCGUGCAUUUAGGAUGUGGAGCAGCGUCUUUGGCCUCUGCCCCUCCAGUCGACAGCAGCCAACCCACUCUGCAAGCAUGGCCAGAUGUCCCCUGGGGUGGGGGCGUAGUGGGGGGUGUGCAGAUGGCAUCGCGCCAUUGAGAACCACCGGUGUGAUUGCUGCAUCGUGGGAACAUUCUGUUCUGGUUGCUUUUCUCAGCCACAGGGUCAGUGGCAGGCUCCUCGGGCUAAGAGCAAGAGGGGACAGAAGAGAGGAGAGGAGAGAAGACGCGCCAGGUGUCACCUGGUGGGCAGUGCAGGGCGAUGGGGCGGGAGCUUUGAGAUCUUUGGACUUGGAUGCGCAGGGAGACGGAGGCCAGGCGGAUUCAGGUCACUGGCAGCAUGUAUGCUGGGUGUGAUGGUCGGCUCCCACGCGGACAUGGCGCCGGCCUCCACCGCCGAGGGGGCCGGCGAGAAGCCCGGGCCCGCGGCCCCCGCCCCGCAGGCGCAGUAUGAGUGUGGGGAGUGCGGCAAGUCCUUCCGCUGGUCGUCCCGCCUGCUUCACCACCAGCGCACGCACACGGGCGAGCGGCCCUACAAGUGCCCCGACUGCCCCAAGGCCUUCAAGGGCUCGUCGGCGCUGCUCUACCACCAGCGGGGCCACACGGGCGAGAGGCCCUACCAGUGCCCCGACUGCCCCAAGGCCUUCAAGCGCUCGUCGCUGCUGCAGAUCCACCGCAGCGUGCACACGGGCCUGCGCGCCUUCACGUGCGGCCAGUGCGGCCUGGCCUUCAAGUGGUCCUCGCACUACCAGUACCACCUGCGGCAGCACACUGGCGAGCGGCCCUACCCCUGCCCCGACUGCCCCAAGGCGUUCAAGAACUCGUCCAGCCUGCGGCGCCACCGGCACGUGCACACGGGCGAGCGGCCCUAUACCUGCGGCGUGUGCGGCAAGAGCUUCACGCAGAGCACCAACCUGCGGCAGCACCAGCGCGUGCACACGGGCGAGCGGCCCUUCCGCUGCCCGCUCUGCCCCAAGACCUUCACGCACUCCUCCAACCUGCUGCUGCACCAGCGUACGCAUGGCGCUGCCGCUGCCCCCGCCCCUGCCCCGGGUGCUGGCCCCGGCCCUCCGCAGCGCGAGCCUGCCGCCGGCAGCAAGGUCCUGGUCUCCGACGCCUACCUGCAGCGGCCCCUGCCGCCGCCCAGCCCGCCCGCGCCGCCGCCGCCCGCGCCCCCGCCCAUGGUGCCCGAGCUCUUCCUGGCGGCGGCCGAGACCACGGUGGAGCUGGUGUACCGCUGCGAUGGCUGCGAGCUGGGCUUCGGCAGCGAGGAGCUGCUCCUGGAGCACCAGCCAUGCCCGGGGCCCGAGGCGCCGCCCCCGCCGGCCGCCGCGCCCUCCGAGGUGCCCAAGGCCGACCCGCCGCCACCGCCGCAGUCCCCGCUGCCCCAGCCCGCUCCCGCCGCCGCCGCCGCCGCCCCCGGCUUCGCCUGCCUCCCCUGCGGGAAGUCCUUCCGGACGGUGGCCGGCCUCUCCCGCCACCAGCACAGCCACGGGGCGGCGGGUGGGCAGGCGUUCCGCUGCGGCAGCUGCGACGGCGCCUUCCCGCAGCUGGCCAGCCUGCUGGCGCACCAGCAGAGCCACGUGGAGGAGGCCGCAGCCGGGCGCCCACCCCCCCAGGCUGAGGCCGCCGAGGUCACCUGCCCCCAGGAGCCGCUGGGGCCCACGCCCGGCCCGCCGGCCCUGGCGCCCGCCCCGGCCUCGGCGGAGCGGCCCUACAAGUGCGCCGAGUGUGGCAAGGCCUUCAAGGGCUCGUCGGGGCUGCGCUACCACCUGCGGGACCACACGGGCGAGCGCCCCUACCAGUGCGGCGAGUGUGGCAAGGCCUUCAAGCGCUCGUCGCUGCUCGCCAUCCACCAGCGCGUGCACACAGGCCUGCGCGCCUUCACGUGCGGCCAGUGCGGCCUCACCUUCAAGUGGUCCUCGCAUUACCAGUACCACCUGCGGCUGCACUCGGGCGAGCGGCCCUACGCCUGCGGCGAGUGCGGCAAGGCCUUCCGCAACACGUCGUGCCUGCGGCGCCACCGGCACGUGCACACGGGCGAGCGGCCCCACGCCUGCGGCGUGUGUGGCAAGAGCUUCGCACAGACCUCCAACCUGCGGCAGCACCAGCGCGUGCACACGGGCGAGCGGCCCUUCCGCUGCCCGCUCUGCCCCAAGACCUUCACGCACUCCUCCAACCUGCUGCUGCACCAGCGCACGCACUCGGCCGAGCGGCCCUUCGCCUGCCCGGUCUGCGGCCGCAGCUUCGUCAUGGCCGCCUACCUGCAGCGGCACCUGAGGACGCAUGCCCCUGCGGCCCCCGCGGCCGGCCCCCAGCCCCAGGCCCCGCUGGCCGCCGCCCCUGCCCCAUCGGCCACCCAGGAUGUGCAUGUCCUCCCCCACCUCCAGGCCACGCUCUCCCUAGAGGUGGCCGGGGGGACGGCCCCGGCCGCGGCCUCCGGCGCCGCCGCUCCCAACUCGCAAACGUUUCUCCUGGUGCAGACAGCUCAGGGCCUGCAGCUGAUCCCCAGCAGCGUCCAGCCGCCCACGCCCCCACCCCCGCCCGCGCCCCCCAAGCUCAUCUUGCUGCCCUCCUCCAGCCCCGCUGGGGGGGGCAGCUGCGCCCGGCAGGGCCCGCGGGCCGCGGGGAAAGCUGGGCCGGGGGCUGGAGUAGUCUGGCUGCCAGGCCCUGGGGGUUUAGGCGUGCAGAGAGGAAGCAACGCUGGGGCGAACGUGGGAGGGCAGAGCCUCAUAGUUCUGCAGAACGUGGCGGGUGGGGAGACAGGCCCGCAGGAAGUGAGUGGGGUUCAGCUCCAGCCCUUUCGUCCAGCUCCUGAACUGACCACCGUCCAGCUCCAGCCGGCCCAGGAGGUGACCACGGUCCAGCUCCAGCCUGUGACGGGUCCGCUGUCCAGUUCCAGCGGGGGAGCCGUGACCACCGAGGCGCCUAAUCUGCUGGUGGUUCAGAGCGGGGCGCCGGAGGAAUUGCUGGCGGACCCCGGCCCAGGGGAGCCUGGCGAGGGCGAGGCCGGCCCGGGGGUGGUUCCGGAUGUGCUCUUUGAGACGCUGCAGACGGAGGAGGGGCUGCAGAGCGUGCUGGUGUUGAGCGGGGCCGACGGGGAGCAGACCCAGCUGUGUGUGCAGGAGGUAGAAACCUUACCGUCGGGGCUGGCCGAGCCGCCCGCCUCCGGCCCGCCCGGACAGAAGCUGCUGAUUAUCCGCAGCGCUCCGGCCGCAGAGCUGCUGGAGAGCGGCGGCGCUGGGGGAGGCGCCGCUGGGCUGCAGCUGCUGGCGCCCCCACCGCCUGGCCCAGCCGCUGCUCCCGCGGGCGUCCCUGCGGCCCCGGGCCCCCAGAUGGUACAAGUGGUCCCCGCAGGAGCAGCACCCGGGGGCGUGGCCCCACAGGGCCUGCCCUCCAUUCAGAUUGUGCAGACUCUGCCCGCGGUCCAGCUGGUGCACACGUUUUGAGUCGGACCACCGGUACCUCUUCCCGCCCCACAGAGAGGCCCCGACCCCAUCUCCGCCUGGGCUGGGCUGAGCUGGGCUGGGGGGAGGGGAGCUGCAGGCUGGGCUUGCUAAUAAAGACCAGAAUCCCC